CAUACUUUGCGUCCAUUCGAUCUCGCGCUGCUUGGCGGACCGACAACUCGCUUGAGCUUCAAGAACGCGACUCGUCGGGAGCCCAUGUCGCACACGCGGCAAGCAAUAUGGCCGCUGAUGCUCCUGUUGUGCGGAGCCUGUGCUGGAUAUGGAAUGCGAAAUCGAGUACCUCCCUCUGGCCUCACCAUGGGUGUCACGACGACAAUCCCCUGUGGCGUUCUUGGCAGCUACAGCUACAGGCUGUGUGCCCUCCUGCAGCAGCACCUGCCGCCGCAGUUGGGCCCCUUCCUGUCGCGUGCCUGCGCCGCCGCUUUCGGUAGCGGCGGCGGUGCACGCCUGCUCAACAGCGCUCGCGCGCGUGCUGAACAGACGCCACCAACAGCCAAAGCAGCGGCUACAGCAGCGCUCACGCAGUCUAGCGAUGUGCAGCGCGACAGCCCGCGGCCCGUCGGGGAGAGCAGGCCGAUGGAUGGUGCAGGUUGUGAGGAUCGGCAGGGGCAGGGCGUGGUGGAAGCACACCAGGCGGGAGACGGCAGUGUUUACCGCACUCGCUGCUCACAGCAGCAGCCCCAGCACCGGCAGCACAGGAGAGGCAGUCACGGAGCAGCACAGAAAUUAGAGGAGGUGUGGUGGGGUCACGGCGCCUGCUACGACCUAGGCAGCGACUUCGGGGCUGUAGCACGGCCGGCGCCGGCAGGGGCGGAUGCAGGCAGCGCGACAAGCGUGCGGAAAGAGGGCAGCGCAGCCGGCGGUGAGGGUGGCGGUGCUGAGGGUAGCGGCGCUGGCGUGCGCCUGACUUUGUCGUCUACAGCUGUCGGUGGGGCAGUGUCGGCAGCGGCACACAACGACCGCGAAACAAUCGCAUCGGAGCGGCGUCGCGGGCUGCAGGGCAGUGGCGAGGCGGGCCAGAGGCUUGCCAGGCGCGGUAGCAGCAGUAGCAGCGGUAGCAGCAGUAGCAGCGAUAGCAGCAGCAGUAGUAGCAGUAGCAGUGAUAGCAUGAGCCAUGCCGGUGCGGCAGGCGGUAGCGGCGGCGGCAGCGGCGGCGGCGGCGGCGGCGGGUUCUCGCCGGUGUUGUAUCUGGCCCCACUGACCGGCACCGGGCUGCAGGCACGACUGAAGGACAAGCCGCGCGUGCCUGUGUGGUGGUGCUCCCGCUCCACGCCCGACUGGUUCACCCUGUGGCCGGCACUGCAGAGUGUGCUGCCGCCCGCCUUCCCCUGCUACGCCGACAACCUGAGGCUUGAGCCCGCACGCGGCGCCGACUGCCCGCCAGCGGCUGAUGGCUCCACUGCGCCGCCUGUGUGCGCCGUGUCGCCGGCCGGGGUGGAGGUGCGCCUCGGCGGCGCCUUUGGCGACACGCCGCCGGGCGGUGAAGACCGCGCUGGUGGGGCAGAAGGCGAGGGCGGUGGCGGGGCAGGCGGCGAGGGCGCUGGUGGGUCAGGAGGCGUCCGGGGUGGCGGCGCGGGCGGCCGCAGGCUGGCGGCGGACGGGACGUCGGGUGACGGCGGCGGCGGGUCAACGGAGGCCGUGGAGGAGCUGGGUCCGUGGGGCGCGGUGGCGUCACGGCUGCGGCUGCUGAGGUGGCCGGCCGAGCUGCUGCAGGUCCACCCCUACGACUGGAGGCUCAACCCGUCUGCAUGGCGGCGGCCGGGCGGCGACUUCGCCCGCCUCAAGGAUACCAUUGAGCGCCUGGUGGCGGCUGCCGGCGGGCGGCGGGUGGUGUUGUACGGUGUGAGCCUGGGUGGCAGUUACGCCGCCGCCUUCCUGGACACGCGGGCGGCGGGGGCGGCGGCGCUGGGUAUCACCGAGGCCUGGAAGGCGGCGCACGUGGAGCGCCUGGUCACCAACUCAGGCGUGUGGGAGGGCACUGCCCACUCUGUGUGGGACCUGCUGUCGGGGCGGCUGGAGGGGCUGGAGCAAGUGCUGGGCCGGGACGCAGUGAGGCGCCUGGUGCGGGGACUGCCCGCGCUGACCUGGACGUUUCCGGCGCCCGGGUUCACGGCUCGGAGGUCCGAGUCGCAGGCGCGGGCUGGCGAGGAGGUUGUGCAGCAGGUCAACGGAGGGGAGGAGGCUAAGCCCGAGGCCGAGCAGGAGGAGGUGGAGGAGCAGGAGGAAGAGGAGGUGAAGGAGGAGGAGGAGGAGGAGGAUGAUGAUGAUGAUGAUGAUGAUGAGGAGGAGGAGGAGGAGGAGGAGUUGGAGGAGGAGGAGUUGGAGGAGGAGCCGGUGCUGGUUGUCAACAGCGCCACAGGCCGCAAGUACACCGCCUCCCAACUGGGUCAGGCGCUGCGGGACGCGGGCGGUGAAGAGGCCGCCGUCUUCUGGGAGACCGCCCUUCCCGACAUGAGCCCGGCCGCACCCAACGUAACCGUGUACUGCUUCUACUCGUACGGCCUAACCGCGCCCGUACAGCUGUCCUUUGCCGCCGCCGACUUCGUCAGCGACGCCCGUCCCGCAGUACUAUACGGCAAUGGCGACGUAACCGCGCCGUACGAGUCGUUGGCGGCAUGCCGGCGCUGGGCUGCGGCACAGCCGGCGGGUACGGCGCCCGUGCACGCGGUGUCGUACUUCGGCAUCGUGCAUGCACAGCUGACUUCGGUGCCGGCGGCGCUAGACGACAUUGUGGCUGCGGUGGCCGUGGCUGGUGCGGGGUGACCGCGAGCCCGAGGGCGCGGAGCCGCUUUGCGAUUUGGACCCAUGCAUUGGACGGACAUGUGUGUGACGCAAGGGGCCUGACUAUUACCUUGACUAUUGCCUUCACGCCUGUCUUCAUGGUAAAGGUUUUGACGUGCUGACGGCUUGGCACUCGGUAAUGCACGGCUGCCACGGCAGUUGUGUGGCAGUUGGCUGUACCAAUCGGCGUUGUGUGUCGGGCUUCGGGCGUACGACGGAAGUGGAAGUGGGGCAGGGCUCUUGUCAGGGACUGGCCCCGACUGCUAGGGUAAUGAAUGGAAGGACUACUGAGUGGGUGUAUUCAUGCUUUGUUGCGCUCGGGCGCAACCCGUGUACUGAGGAUGGCUUGGCCAGAUGUGCAGGAAGGUGAUUGGUUGGGAGUGUGGUUCUGUGUACGUCCAUGCGGCGUUGUGUACUGCAGGGUGUCAGGAUGACAAGUAAGUGUUCCCCGGUCACGGGAAAAGGGGCUGAGCCCACACGGGUAUGACGCCGGUCUGAAGAGGGGCAAAAACGUGUCCACACGUGUUUCUCCACGCUCGCGUAGACUUAGCCUCCCUCUUUCAGGAAUUAACUUAUAUGACAUAUAAGGAUGCAAAAGUUUGACUCCCUUCGCAUUCUGCGAGGGUGGCUGUCACCACAUUUCGCGAGGCAUGCUUUCGCCAGGGUCGCACUCUGAAGCCCGGGAGCAUGUUUCUAGUCUCCUUGCAUGUAUGUUUGAUGACGGCAACAAUAAUUGGCAUCAAAGCGCGGUAAUUGCGCAGACUUGAGAAGCCUGUUCACCGCGACGUCACCGAAUAGGCCGCAAACAAAAUAUUUGAGGUCUCUAUAGUAUCAAGGUGAUAAUUGCAGAACGUUGGUAGCUGAUUCGGAGGUCGGCCUGACGACCGUCGCCGACCGUGCCAAGCUGGGCGGAACGCAUCCCCCGGACGCCACGCGAGCUAGACCAGUCUAGGCCGUGUCGGGUAGUGCCUGACCUAUAGCCGGAGUUUGGGGACCGGACGACAAGGCCAAGGCAGGUAACCAGGCUGUGCCGUUUGACCCCUCUCC